AUGGAGCCCCGAGUUGACGACACAAUUUGCAAGAGUGGAGAGCCUUUAAAAAAUAGUUCAGCGCGUAUUGAUCAAACCUUCCAAGCCAUUGGAGCCGGCCUUGACCGAUGUACCACCUCGUCAAAGGCUUCCAACUAUGUGUUCCUCCAGACACCGACGUUUUUCCUCGUUCUGUUUCCAACUCUGCGAGCAAUGGACCCGCUUCAGUUGCAAGAUGUCGUCAUCCCGUCGAGAGGUACAUAA